GUGCUGCGAGAUCCUACGUGGAUGCAUGGCAGGUUUCUUGCUGGGACCACCGGUCGGGCCAAAGCUCAGGUCAGAAAGCCCACACUGCCUGCACGUGGAAUUGCUGUUGAUUUGCCCGACGAGCGUGCUGACGUAGCGAGCCCGUACUCCCAGCUGCUUGACAGCGCCACCUUCGCUGGCGGGGCAGGCGACAUUGAUGCUCUAGGUGAUGGUCCGGUGCCCACUGAUGAGACCGUUGAGACCGUACUCCGCUUGGCUUACCAGCUCGCCUGCAACGCCUCCUGGUUCUGUGAUGAUGAGGACAUGUCACCAGGCCCCGAGGCCAAACGUGCCAGGAUUGCAAAAGUUACAGGUGUAGAUGUACCGGUCGGCAAUGGAAAGCUGACCAUGUACCACAGCGAUGAGUAUCUAUCUGAGUGUGCGAAUGAUGUUGCCGUCGCGGACCCGUUCUGCAAUGAGGACGACAGCGACGAAGGCCCUGUCAGUGACGACGAGGACUCCUCAGCUCUUAAUGGUGCUCCACCUCUCGAGCUGUUCUUUCCUUUCAGUACCAGUGAUCCUGAACUCUCUGAGAGUGAGAUGUCACAUUUGGCCCAUGUGGCCGAUCAGCACGAGAUUGCGCGCCUUGAGCGCAUGGGAGUGUUGAAGCCACUUGAAGGUGACACAGCGCACUACAGUCAGUUGUCGACUCGUUUCGUUCGCAGCUUCCGCCCGAAACCACAUCCGGUCACUAAG